AUGCAUCCGCGGCGCCCGGACGGAUUCGAUGGCUUGGGCUAUCGAGGCGGUGCCCGGGAUGAGCAGGGCUUUGGCGGCGCCUUCCCUGCCAGGUCCUUCAGCUCCGGGUCGGACCUGAGCCACUGGGUGACCACUCCCCCAGACAUCCCCGGUAGCCGCAACCUGCACUGGGGAGAGAAGAGCCCGCCCUACGGCGCGCCCGCCCCCUCCACCCCGCUCGAGGGCCCCGCGGAGGAACCGUUUCCCGGCGGCAGCAGCGGCGGCGGCGGCGUGCAGGGGCAGAGCAGCGAGCAGUUGAAUAGAUUUGCUGGAUUUGGUAUUGGCCUUGCAAGUCUCUUUACAGAAAAUGUACUGGCCCAUCCUUGCAUUGUCCUGCGCCGCCAAUGUCAGGUUAAUUAUCAUGCUCGGCAUUACCAUCUCACUCCAUUUACAGUCAUCAAUAUUAUGUACAGCUUCAACAAAACUCAGGGACCAAGGGCCCUUUGGAAAGGAAUGGGCAGCACGUUUAUCGUCCAGGGAGUCACGCUUGGAGCAGAGGGAAUAAUCAGUGAAUUCACACCUUUACCAAGAGAGAUUUCACAUAAAUGGAAUCCUAAACAAAUAGGAGAACACCUUCUACUGAAAUCCCUCACUUACAUGGUGGCAAUGCCUUUUUACUCAGCAAGUCUGAUUGAAACAGUACAGAGUGAGAUAAUACGAGAUAACACUGGAAUCUUGGAAUGUGUUAAAGAAGGAAUUGGAAGAGUGAUGGGCCUAGGGGUGCCUCAUAGCAAACGACUGCUUCCGCUUCUUUCCUUGAUCUUCCCCACUGUGCUGCAUGGGGUUCUGCAUUACAUCAUCAGCUCAGCCAUUCAGAAGUUUGUCCUGCUAAUUCUAAAGAGAAAGACGUAUAGUAGCCAUCUAGCUGAGAGCACUAGUCCGGUGCAGAGUAUGUUGGAUGCUUAUUUUCCAGAACUUAUUGCUAACUUUGCUGCCAGUCUUUGCUCUGAUGUUAUACUUUACCCGUUGGAAACAGUUUUGCACCGCCUUCACAUUCAAGGAACACGCACAAUCAUUGACAAUACAGACCUUGGCUAUGAAGUGCUUCCAAUUAAUACACAGUACGAGGGUAUGAGAGACUGUAUCAAUACUAUAAGGCAGGAGGAAGGAAUGCUUGGUUUUUAUAAAGGGUUUGGUGCUGUUAUAAUACAGUACACACUGCAUGCAGCUGUUUUACAGAUUACCAAAAUUAUUUACUCUACCCUUCUUCAAAAUAGUGUGUGAGACUAACUCAGUUCCUGGUUAGUCUAAAAGACAUAAUCUGGGUACUUUGUUAUGAAAUUAUGUGGGAUAAAAGUGAAAUACUGGGGGAAAGUGGAUUAGAAAGUGAAACUGGUUAAAAAAAAAGCCCAUGCUGAUUAUAUUGACCCUUCUUUUUUUAAAAGGUGUAGGUAUAUAUUUUGGAUGAAAAAUAUCCCAAAUUUGAAAACUCAAUGAAAGUAACACUCGUGAAUUGAAUUCUAGCUAAUGUAGCACUCAUGCUAAACUAAAAAGACCCUGGGCAGAAGCAAAAAUUUGUCAGCAAAUAUUUCACAGAGCUAAGUUUAUUCCAUCUGACUUCAAUAUUUAUUAGAAAUUUAUUUCACCUUCUAGAUUGAUAUUGGUAUGUCAUCCUUAAUCUAGUGUAUAGUAUCAGGAUGGUUUACCUUUAAACAAAUAAACUGUGUCAUCCGUGGUAAAGAUGAGAAGGAUUAGAUUUGGCAGUGUGUAAGCAGGACUUGAAGAGUUUUAAAUUGCAUUGUCCCUGUACAACUUUUUAAUGGCUGAAUAUUUAUUAUAUAAAGCCAUUUAUGUGCACACAUAUAACUCGGAAUUUCCUUCAUCUCUAUAAAGUUUCCACUCUUAGAUCAGCUUAUUUCAUAAAAUGAAUACUUACUGCUUGAAUAUCAGAAGAAAACAUUAAAAGACAAGGUACCCAAAAGAUGUAAGGCAAACAACCUACUUGUCCAUAUCCAAACCCAGCGUUUCAAUGCCAGCAACUGAAACAUCCGUCAUAUGUUUAUAAAGUUUGAUUUGCUUACUUAGACAUGUGAAUCAUCAGUCUGGUUUUAGACCACUCCUAAGAUAGAAUAGAAAAUAAUCAUGACAACUAUUACUGUUUGCACAUUUAUGGAUUGUGUACUGAAAGAAAUGUUACUUGCCUUAUAUUUCUGAAUGAUUUGUCUUAGAGGAGUGACAAUUAAAAUUUACAUGGGAAUUUGUGCCUCUUGCCUUUUGUAUAGUCAUCAUUAAAUAAUGGCUUCAGUUUUUAUUUUAUUCUAGUUUUUGUUUGUAGUUUCAUUCUCCAAACCAGAUCUACAUAAAGGGAAAAGCAAGUUUAUCCUUAUCACCUUUUAUUUAAACUUGUUUGGAUGAAUAACAAAGGAAAAAUAAAAACUUUAAAGGAAGUUUGUCCUUGCUUUUUAUGAAUGAGGAAAAGAAGUAAAUCUCAAAAAAUAAUAAGCAAAAACGUUGUUAUCAGUUUGUUAAAAAAAAAAAAAAUUCUUCCUGUUAAAUUGAAGUUGGUGGGUGAGGUUCUUGUAUAAUAAAAUAAUAAGCAUUUGACUCACCCAAACUCAAACAUUUUAAAGUUUCAUUUCCUCAUAUGAAUGAUCACAGUCAAUUUUACUACAAACUGUUUAGCACACAAACGCAGUGACUGCACUGGUGUUGUCCAAUCUAGAAGGUAUACAGACUGAGACUUACUUGCUAAGUGUCAGCAAAAUAGUUACUUUUUGUGAUUAAUAGUUUUAGAACCAAAAAAUGAUAUCCCCAAAGUGCCAAACAGUAUGUAAGUAGAAAUUUUCUCUACAAUCUUAUGUGGUAGGUGUGUAUGUUGUUUUUUUUUUUUUUUUUAAACUAAAACACAUAAGUUUUCCCUUUUUAAAUUCCACCAAGAGGGGAAAAUAAAACACCACUGAUCACGUGUUGUACUUUGCAGUUAAUGUUUUGGGUUAUGGUUUACUUUGCCCUACCUAUGACACCUAAAUUGUUUCCAAUGCUUUGAACUGCUAAAUAAAUGUUUAGAUGUUUAUAAACUG